AUGGUGCGCCCGAGGGGUCUCUCCAACUCCUCCUCCGUCUCCUCUGUUCCCGACCAGGAUCAGGAACUGGGGAGCAUGUAUGAUUACCUCGCCAAGGUGAUCCUGCUCGGCCCCAGUGGUGCUGGGAAGUCCUGCGUGCUACACCGUUUCGUGAUGAAUGAAUGGCGAGUACUCUCCUCGCAGACCAUCGGCGUCGAAUUCUCCUCCCGCAUCGUCAAGCUCGGCACGGGCUCGCGCCGCAGGCGUAUCAAGCUCCAGCUCUGGGAUACCGCCGGCACCGAGCGCUUCCGAUCCGUCUCCCGCUCCUACUACCGCGGUGCCGCGGGCGCCAUCCUCGUCUACGAUGUCUCCUCCUUCGCCUCCUUCGCGGCGCUCCCGACUUUCCUGAUGGAUGCCCGUGCCCUGGCCUCGCCGAAUCUGACCGUCUUACUGGCGGGGAAUAAAGCAGAUUUGGCCGAUACGACCACUUCCGCCGAUCACCCCGAUGAUGCGGGCCGACCCCCACCCACCCCGUCUAGUACCUCGAGUAAACAGUCGUCAAUGCCCUUCGAUGCAGGCGGCUCCGUGCGCUCAACCAAUUACCUGGGUCCGGGGACGAGAAUGACUGCGUCCUUCGCGGAAGGCCGCGAGGUCAGCAAGGAGGAUACGGCGCGGUGGGCCGCGCAGUCAAAUAUCCCCGUGGCAGUCGAGGUGUCCGCUCUGACGGGCGAAGGCGUGGAAGAGGUCUUCCAGCGGUUAGCCCGCAUCAUUCUGACCAAGAUCGAGCUCGGCGAGAUUGACCCGGACGACCCGCAGAGCGGCAUUCAAUAUGGUGAUGGUGGUCUGUACGGCCACGGCGCCAGCGAUGCCUCGAGUAUCAGAAGCCGAGCUACGCUCGAUGAGAAUGCGUUGCCGCUUCACCGGUCAUCGCGCCGCCGAGGCCGGCCCAGCUCCGGCUGGAAGGGCGGCAUGAGAGAGUGGGAAGAUGUUUUCCGCUUAGGCGGUUCUUCGUCACGGAGAAAUCGAGGAUGUUGUUAG